UCUCGUGCGAGCCGGAGAGUCCAUAGCGAGCGUUUCCACGUAUCGUUCUCACCCUAGUCUAGGUCUUCUCUUUCUCGCGGAGCUUUUGGCGCUCGCCAAGCGGCGCCGCGGGGCGAGGGUAUCGUGAUUCGCAGCAAGAAUGCGCCUCUAGCGAGCAGCCGGCGAUCGAUCGAUCGAUUUCGGGUCCGGCCGGGCGCGGGAGAAGCGAUUAUGGUGAUGCGCAAGGUCGGCAAGUAUGAGAUCGGUCGGACGAUCGGCGAAGGUACGUUUGCCAAGGUGAAAUUCGCGCAGAACACCGAGACGGGCGAGAGCGUGGCCAUGAAAGUCCUCAACAAGGAGACGAUCCUCAAGCACAAGAUGGUCGAUCAGAUUAAAAGAGAGAUUUCCAUCAUGAAACUCGUACGACACCCCAAUGUUGUGCGGCUUCACGAGGUGCUUGCCAGUCGAACGAAAAUCUACAUCAUCCUAGAGUUUGUAACCGGUGGAGAGUUGUUUGACAAAAUUGUCGAUCAAGGGCGGCUCACUGAGAUCGAAUCACGCAAGUAUUUUCAGCAGCUGAUUGAUGCCGUCGACUACUGUCACAGCAAAGGUGUUUAUCAUCGCGAUUUGAAGCCUGAGAAUCUCUUGCUUGAUUCACAAGGGAAUUUGAAAAUAUCAGAUUUUGGUUUGAGUGCUUUGCCACAACAGGAAGAUGGGCUUCUUCAUACAACUUGUGGAACUCCAAACUAUGUUGCUCCAGAGGUCCUUGAUAACAAUGGCUAUGAUGGAGCAGCAGCUGAUAUAUGGUCGUGCGGUGUUAUUCUGUACGUCCUGAUGGCUGGUUUUUUACCUUUUGACGAAGUGGAUCUUGUCACGCUCUAUCGGAAGAUUCAUGAAGCAGAGUUCCUUUGUCCAUCGUGGUUUUCACCUGGUGCGAGGUCCUUGAUCUCAAGAAUCCUCGAUCCUAAUCCUCAGACACGGAUUCAAAUGUUUGGCAUCCGAAAGGAUGAUUGGUUCAAGAGGAACUACGUACCUGUGAGGCUCGCAGAUGAUGAAGACGGGACUUUGGACGACAUUGAAGCAGUUUUUGAUGACUCUGAAGACCAAUUUGUGAAGGAACAGAGAGACAUUAACGAAGGUCCUUCGAUGAUGAAUGCCUUCGAGCUUAUUACUCUUUCACAAGGCCUCAACCUGUCUGCUCUUUUCGACAGAAGACAAGACCUUGUCAAGCGUCAAACAAGAUUCAUCUCUAAAUGCCCGGCCAAAGAGUUGCUAGCGAGAAUGGAGGAUACGGCGAAAUCCAUGGGCUACAAAGUGUAUAAGCGUGGGUACAAGAUGAGAUUUGAGGGGCUUACUGCGGGUAGAACGGGGCAACUUGCAGUGGCGGUCGAGGUUUUUGAAGUCGCCCCAUCACUGUAUAUGGUCGAAGUCCGAAAAGCUGUGGGUGAUACUCUGGAGUAUCACAAGUUUUACAAAUCGUUUUGUACAAAUUUACGCGAUACAAUCUGGAAAUCCGCUGGUGAUGCCAACGAGCAAUCUUCGCAGUUGCUGAGAGGAGCCAGUUCCGGAGUUUUAAACCAGAUAUAAAGAGUUUGUAGUGAAGGUGAAUGGUGCUGGUCUGUAUAACUUCUUUUUCUUUCUGUCGUUAUAUAUACGGCUGAGAUUCUAGCA